UUUGGUAACUGUUCAGUGAAAAUCCACCGGUAAAUUGGUUUGUGAGUGAUUUUAAAGUGUUUGUUUCCGUGAAAUGUUAAUAGUUGAAAGGAACCUAAUUUAGUGCAACCUGGAAUGGAUGAUAAUCUUGAGAGUUAUCUGCAAGAAGAGCGCAGAAAGCUAGAAUCGGAAAAAAGGCGUCUCCACAGCGCCUGUUUGAAUAAAGAUGAAACCGCCCGGAUUGGGGCGGAUGACGAGGAGGCUUUCUCCAAUGAGAAGGAACUUUACAGCCAAAAUCUUGCACAAAAUGAAUUAGAUCACAAAACAGAGGCUUCCAUUCAAGUUCCAAAUGCUGACAACAGUGACAUUCAGAAGGCAGAAAAGAGCCUAGAACCAUGUCCUGCUGCUGACCUACUUAGCCGUCGUGAGAAGGUUCUUUCUGUUUCGAAUUCGCCAAGGGAUUUUACGGAGAAUCUCAGGAAUAUUGGACUAUCGCCGUGCAACAGAAUGAGAUCUAAAUCGUCGGUGGCUCGAGCUCCUGCAGAUUUUUCUAAUACAUCCAAUGACGAAGAGGAUUCGGAUCGAUCGAAAGUUGACAAGGAACGAGCAAAUGUUAAUGCAAAACGGGCGGCAACAAGUUCUCCACGCUAUGCAGAGAAGGAAACAAUGGGAGAAUGGAUAUCAGACACAUUUUAUUCGUAUUUUCCGAGUUUCAAUAUUCUUGACCAGAAACGACAAAACUUAGCUAAAGAUAGACAGCGUGAAUACCAAGAAUAUUUAAAAAGGAUAUCAGAAAGCGAAAAACCUAAACGUAAUCCCGUAAAAAACAAUCAAGUCGCUCCAUCUCCUGAACCAUAUGAAACAACCUAUCAUCAAGAAAAAGUCGAAGACAAACCGCCCGAAAAUAGUGAUACAAACAUUGAAGAUGAUCCUGACAAGCCAGAAAGCACGAAGCGAAAGUUACUCCAAGAUUUGAGGCAUACGUCGCUCAAUACUUUAGUAAAUGGCGAUGGUAUCUCCGAUCGAAAUAAAGAAAGCGCUGAGAAGGAGAGAAAGAAGAAAAUUGAAUAUCAAAAACAAUUGCUUCGGCAGAUCGAGGAGAAACGCAAAGAAGUUGAGGAGUUGAAAAGACGUGAGAAGCUGGAGGAGGAGUUACUGGCCAAAAAAUUAGAAGAGCAAUUGAAAACUAUGCAACUGGAGGAUGAGCUUGAAAAAGAAAGGAUUAAAGCGGAGAAGGUACGACUGAACAUUGAGCAAAACCAAACAUUACGCAUGAAAUUGCUACAAAAUCUGAGUAACGAUGCUAAGUUAUUGGAACGACGUAAUCCAAAAACUGCCAAUGAUGAUAACAAAGUCUACAAAUACUUCAGCAAUUCAUCGCGUUCCGAUUACAAUAAAUACAGCCGUGAAAGUUUCUUUGACAUAUCCGAUUCAGAAUCUGAUCAAUUGUCCAUGCCCAAAUCGUCUGGACAAUUCUCACCAGAUGAUUGCAUAUUUUACAAUAACGGAGUGAAAAUGUCCAGACGUCUCGACUACAAAAGCAAUGAAAGUCUUGAAAACAAUAGUCAGGAAAAUGAGUUGUCCUCAUGUAAAAAUUGCCAAAGACCAUUUCUUGCCUCAAAUAAAACCAGAACCAAACCUUGUCCCCAUUGUCUUCAUCAGAGAAACUAUUGCGUUGAUUGCAUGCGAAGUGUUUGCACUUACUGCGGAGAAGUUACACUGGAUACCAACACUCCUCUCACAACACGAAGUCUACCCACAAAUCCUAGCGGGCGAAGUCAAACUAACUCGAAUCGAUCAUUCAAAGUGCUUGAUAUCAGCUAUGGCGCAAACAUUAAAGAUUUUGAUUACAAACUCGAAAAGCAGAACUCCCACCCGUCUUAUGUAGUGGAAAAAUCAUACACUUCUAAGGUUCCUCCCCUAACGGCUUACAAUCCGGAAAGCAAAGUGAUCGAGCCUAAGUUGAUCAUGACAUCAAGUCGAAGCAAUGGGGCAACGCCUGGAGAAGACGAAACUAAUAUUUAUGUUAUAGCAAGAAAUACAAAUGGUAGACUAUCGAAAUAUUUAAGAAAUUAUGGGGAUUUAAGCAAUAAAUCACUGAAUUUCGCUAAGAAAAAUAACAGUAUUAAGCAAGACAGUCAAAAGAGUAAGAUAAGUUCUAUGCCGCUCCUUAGAGAGCCAUCUAAGAAAAGAGUCACGAAAAUUAGGGAGGAAGUCGUUAGUAAAAAGCCGGUGACAGAUAAUAUUAGGAAGUUGGCACAAAAAUGGGAGAUACCGGCAGUACAAAAGAACAUAGUCUCUCCCUCGUCGGGAGUUCUAACCCAACUUGGCGCCUUUAGGAAGCAACUGCAAAUUGAGAAAUUAGAAUUAGACGUAGAUCCGACAAAUCAGACGUAGAUAUACUAGCAUAGUAUUAACUAUUAUACAUUAGACUUUUUCAUGUGAUAUGUUGUAACGUCCUCGGUAGUUGUAUAAGCGAAAAGUUCGUCUUAUUCCGUAUCAGAUUUUUUAUUAUUGCAUUUAUUGUAUAAUCUCGAGAUUCCAUUUUUUAUAUUGUUAACUCGAAGAUGUUUUUCCACUUGUAUCAUGUUGUCUAUUAAAUAGAUUUUUAUUCGAUAAAGUUUCUAAAAUAC